AUAGCAAAUAAACACUGAUAGUGCCUCUGUUAUAUAUUACCAGGGAGUCUCUGUAAUUAUUCACCACAGACUCAGAGUAACAGCUUACGUAGUUAUGUCACUGUGUAACAUGAGAGGACCGCACCCUUAUAAAUGAUAGGUGCCAUAUAUUCCACACCCUCUGACGGUAAAAGGAAGUUGUCCUUUUGGUCAAAUCUCUCCAAGCAAUUAUGUUCAGGUGGAGAAAAAGCUGCCGUGAUCAGUGUUUUUAUGUAAAGGGUGUCACCGUGCAUGGAUAUGAGAGGGUCUGAUGAAUCAAGACAGUUUGUUCAUUCUUGGGAUGCUUUUAUGUAAACGGUCAUGAUAGAUGCCGUCACAAUAUUUAGUCACAAACAUGGCGACCUGUGGGAAAUUAUAUUAUUCAGUAGCAUAUGCACAGUCACAGUGAUGCUGUUUGAGAGAUUUUAUUCUCUCACUUUGAUGACCUUGGUAGGAGUUUCUUAUCAGAGCUGAGCACAUGGAUGCCAGUGAAUCAGCGAUGACUCUCCAUUCAGUCGAGUAUAUGAUUUUGACUUUAAACCUUCAACUUUAGACUCACGCAAGCUGAUGACUUUCGUUUUAUAGUGGAGCAGAUAACUCACACUGGCCUGUCAGAGGAAGGCCUCCCUCAAGGUUUGAAGUGCAACCUCUAAGAGAUAAAUGGAGAGAGAUGUUCAGCUUGGAGAAUUCCAUUAGUGACAGUGGAAGAUCUGGCUGAUCGACGAACAAGACAUUGUUAUAGUCCAUGGCUCAAAUGAAAACCCCCAACUCACGUUAUUUAGUCUUAUUCGCUCAAUUCUGAAAAAGAAAUGUUAAUUUUUAGAUUUACACCUUGACUUCAGUGACAGUCACUGGGAUGCUCCAAAGGCUUCAUACAAAUUCAUUAAAACACUGUGCCCCGGGUAAAUCCACUUAUUCAAUGUGAAUAAACCAUUGUUUAAUUAACAAUAACUAAACGAGAUGACUCAGGGAGUGGAUAUUAGACUGUUUCCAGAGCUGUGUGGUGGUUUAAGAUGUUAAACUCUUCUCUAGAUGCCCUAAAGGAGCCUCUUCCUUGGGAGUAAUUCCCCUCGGUGCAGGUGAUCGCUUUCUCUUCCUCUCCUCUUCUAUCUCUGUCAGUUCAAAGUCUCAGUGCCAUAAACUUAGGCGGCAAGUCGUACGAGAGCUGUGCCCUCUCCUUCUUGCUGACAUAGGUUCAGGAAAACUGAGCCGGUUGGAACAACGCGGAAUUCAUGAGGAUCGCCGGUAAAACGAUUAUUGGUAAGUCCUAUUGUUCUGUUUUUGUUAUCUGUCUUCAGUGGAGCGGAGCACGACACUGCAAGGAUUAGCCAGAGUGAAACCCGCUUUUGAACAAAGCCUUUAGUCCUACUUAUUCAGAGCUGAUGAUCUAAUACUAUAACUGAACAUAUAACUGAAUUUGAUUUUUCCCUUUAGACAGUAGGAAACUACAAACAAACUGGUGAUGCUGAGAAAGGGGGAGUGGGUGUGGCUGGACUCGGGCAUCGGGGUGUCCAUCGGAGCCAGGGUCAAAGAAACACCUUCUGGUCAGCGGUUCCUGGUGGAUGAUGAUGGCAAGGAACACAGGUUGUCUCCGGAGCAGGAAGCCUGUCUCAGGAUCAUGCACCCUACAUCAGUGGAGGGCGUGGACGACAUGAUCAAACUGGGAGACUUGACGGAGGCCGGGCUUCUCCGAAAUCUGAUGCUCCGGCACAAACAAGGAAUCAUUUAUACCUACACAAGCUCAGUGCUGGUUGCCGUCAAUCCGUACCAGGAUUUUCCACUCUACACAGCUCAACAGGUGAGGCUGUACCGUGGUCGAAAGCUCGGGGAAUUGCCACCGCACAUCUUCGCCAUUGCUGAAAACUGCUAUUGCAACAUGAUGCGCCAUGGCAGGAACCAGUGCUGCAUCAUCAGUGGAGAGUCGGGAGCAGGGAAGACGGAGAGCACCAAACUGAUCCUCCAGUACCUGGCAGCCAUUAGCGGGGAGCUCUCUGAGCAGCAGAUCGAACAGCAGAUCCUGGAGUCUAACCCCAUACUAGAAGCCUUUGGAAACGCUAAAACAAUUCGCAAUGACAACUCCAGUCGCUUUGGGAAAUACUUGGAAAUCUUCUUCAAAAAGGACGGGAUGAUUGAAGGCGCUCGCGUGGUGCAGUAUCUGCUGGAGAAGUCACGUGUUUGCCAUCAGGCCCUGGAGGAGAGAAACUACCAUAUUUUCUACUGCUUGCUGUCAGGCAUCUCACAAGAGGAGAAGAAGGCUCUGAGACUCGGACAUGCCAAGGAAUAUAGAUUCCUCACACAAGGGAACUGCACAACGUGUGAAGGCAGAGACGAUGCCAAAGACUACAGCCGUAUUUGUUCUGCCAUGAAAAUCCUGAACUUUUCACACAGCCACUGUCAGGAGAUCUCCAAGCUGCUGGCAGCCAUAUUACACCUGGGAAAUGUUUACUUUGAAGCCACCACAGAAAACAACUUAGAAACCAGUGACGUCGGCAAGUCAGAGCACUUCAGCAUUGCAGCCUCGCUGCUGCAGGUCCAGAAAUCCUCCCUAGCAAAGACUUUGACCCACCGCUCUUUUAUGACCAACAGAGAGAGGGUGACCAAGCCCCUGAACUCCGAGCAGGCCUCGGACUGCAGGGACGCUUUUGUCAAGUCUAUCUACAAUAAGCUAUUCAUAUGGAUCACCGGGAAGAUCAACAGUGUCAUCUAUAAGAAGCUGGCCAACAACCCCAAGUCCAAGUGUCUGUCCAUUGGUUUGCUCGACAUCUUCGGCUUUGAGAACUUCGACACAAACAGUUUUGAACAGCUGUGCAUAAAUUUUGCCAAUGAGAAGCUGCAGCAGUUUUUUGUGGGCCAUAUUUUCAAGCUGGAGCAGAAGGAGUACAUGAAGGAGGACAUUGUAUGGAAGAACAUCAGCUUUAGUGACAAUCAGGAAAUCCUGGACCUUCUGGCUGGAAAACCCUGCAACUUGCUGGCCUUGAUCGACGAGGAGAGCCACUUCCCAAAGGGCUCAGACUCGACUAUGCUGACUAAAAUGAACAAGGAACACAAAGGAAACAAGGUCUACAAUGCCUCAAAGAGCGAAUAUGACACCUACUUUGGGGUUAACCACUUUGCUGGUGUGGUGACCUACGACUCCAGAGGAUUUCUGGAAAAGAAUAGAGAUGCAGUCAGUUUUGACAUAAUCAAGAUGGUGGACAUGUCCAGCAACAAUCUGCUUCAUCAGAUAUUUGAGUCUGAGCUUUCAACCAAUAUGACAAAGAAUCUUCCCAACAGGAGGAUCAUCAUGACGCCCAAAAACUCUCUGCGGGCCCAGUCUGAAAACCACAAGCACCUGCCGACACUGAGUGGUCAGUUCCGUCAGUCCCUGGACUCCCUCAUGAAGGCUCUGUCGGUCUGCCAGCCGUACUUCAUCCGCUGCUUCAAACCAAACAGUGACAAACUGUCUGAGGUGUUUGACAGAGAGCUGUGCAUGCGCCAGCUGAGAUACUCUGGCAUGAUGGACACCAUCCGCAUUCGGAAACUGGGAUACCCGAUCCGCCACACCUUUCAGGAAUUCCUGAGUCGCUAUAGGGUGCUCUUAAAGACACGGGUCUGUGACCCCAAAGUGGUGACAGCUGCUGCCUGUUGUGAAGCCAUCUGCAAAGCAGUGAUUGAAGGAGAGGAUGAGUGGAAGCGAGGCAGAACCAAGAUUUUUCUGAAGGAUGCUCAUGAUGCUGUCCUGGAGCGAGAGAGGGAAGAUGAGCUCAACAGGGUGGCUGUGGUGAUCCAGAGAGUAAUGCUGGGACACAAAGACAGGAAGUCUUUUCUGAAGAAGCGGAGCGCAGCCAUCGUGUUGCAGAGGAACUGGAGAGCUUACAUGGACGGGGUGUAUCGACGAAAGAUCACGCACGGAUACGAGCGACUGGUGGCAAAGGUCCGAAGCCGGAACCUCCAGUUGCAGCACCAAAGGCAGCGAGCGGCAGCAGUCACCAUACAAGCACAGAUGCGAGGCCACUGGGUAAGGAAGGACAUCAAGAAAGAGCAAGAGGCAGCGAUUCUGUUGCAGGCAUGCACCACAGGAUUACUGGUUGGAGAAGCUACAGAGGACAUGAGGGAUGCCUUGGAGGUACAAAUGGAGACAGACAACCAAGUGCAAAUGGCUUUAGAGAUUCAGCAACGACUGGAAGAAGUUCUGGCUGAGGCCACCGAGGACUCUGACUCUGCCACUGAGCCGGACUCGGAGGACACCGACAAUCUGCCAUCUGCAUCUGCUGAAGAAGAGAAGCAUCCAAGCGUGUCAGCGCCGCAGGACGACAGCUCAGACUCCAUAUCCUCAUCCUCCACCUCCUCCCUGGAAGAGAACGACCAGUUUGACGACAGCGAUGAGUUUUCACUUUACAGGUUUAGCCUUCAGCAUUUCCAGGGCAAAGCGACGCACAUGCACAUCGCGGACAGGCUUAGCCAGCCGCUGCUGCGCCAUGACGACGAGGGCGAUGCGCUGGCAUGUCUGACUGUGUGGUGGAUUAUCUUGCGCUUCAUGGGUGAUAGACCAGAACCAAAGCCUCUGGACACCGUGUCCGAAGUCUCCUUCCAGCGUCAUCUGCCAAGACGUGGCAGGAGGCUGAGCAGCCUGGUGGGACUGGACGAGAAAAUACUAAGAAGGAAGAAAAAGGCUGGAAAUAGAAAAGCUUCUACUAUCCCUGAGGAGCCGGAGGACUUAACCGAAGAUGAGCAAAUUUUGAUUGGUGAGGGUCCAACACUGGAUCGGCCUCUUUCAGCCCUGGAAAAGCUGCACAUUAUUGUUGGAUACGGACUUUCAAGACAAGGCAUACGGGAUGAGAUUUAUUGUCAGAUCUGCAAGCAGCUGGUAAACAACAAGAACAAGAACAGUUCUAUGCAGGGCUGGAUUCUUCUCUCCAUCUGUCUUGGGAUUUUUCCACCAACAGAUUUCUUCUUGCAGUAUUUGGAGAGAUUUCUUCGGAGAGGGCCCAAUGGUUACAAUGUGUAUUGUACUGAGCGCCUGCACCGUACCAUAGCUAAUGGGGAAAGGAGAGAGCUGCCAUGUUGGAUUGAGCUGCAGGCUGCCAGGUCCAUAGAGCCAAUACAUAAACAUGUGACUCUAAUGGAUGGUCGUACAGUCAACCUAGAACUGCAAUCAGCCUCCACCUCCGCCGAAGUUUGUAAAGAUGUGGCUGCCGAAAUCGGUCUCAAAGACACAUAUGGAUUCUCCCUGUACAUCAGCUUCCAAGCCAAGACGUGGUCCCUAGGCAGCUGUGGGAAGCAUGUGCUGGAUGCCGUGUCUCACUGCGAACAAGAGAUGAGGAGGCAGGGCAUGGAGGAGAAGGACACUCCAUGGAGCCUGUGCAUCUCCAAGGAACUGUUCACACCUUGGCACGAAUGCGCGAUGGACCCGGUCAGUACGGAUCUGAUCUACAGGCAGGUCAUCAAAAGAGUCAAGUCAGGAGAGUACACCAGUGGGAAGGAAGACGAGUAUGUCCACUUGGCAGUGAAGCACUAUUACAUCCAAUUUGGCUCAGUGUCCAGCAGAGAGAACGCCCAGAAGGUGGUUGAAGAGUGCAUUGCCACCACACUAAUAGAGAACAAAUCUAUGACAAAAUGGAUUCAACUUAUCAGCACAGAACACUCGCAGAGUCCAUACGUCAAUCAAAUGUACAGCCAAGAAAGAGUAAAAGAGGAACUGGUGGACAAUGCACGGCAGGAAUGGCGUGUCCAUUUCUCUAGGUUCUAUGAAGUUACAAUGAUGUCAGGGCCUGCUCUGCCCAAAAGCAGGUUUGUUGUGGCUGUGAACUGGAGCACCAUCUUGUUCAUGGAUGAGAAAAACAAGACGAUCCUUGAGAUUCCUUAUGUGGAGGUGAAGGGAGUCGGCAUGAUCAGUGACAGCCCGUUCAGUGCCCAGUCAGUAAUCUUGGCCACUUACAGAGGAGAGUAUGUCCUUAAGUCAGCAGAAGCUUUGGACAUGAAUGAACUUAUAAAGACAAACCUGGACGGGCUGAGAGAGCGCUCGACGUUCGCACUGGCUCUCCAGGAUUUUAAUCAAUCAGAUGAGCCCAUGUUCUUGGUCUGUAAACGUGGGGACCUGCUGCAGGUAGACAAACUUUAUAAAUAUCCGUCUGAGAAGAACUUGGUGAAAGCAACUAACCACGAGACCGGCUCUGACGGUGCAGUCAACAAAGACAUGCUGCAGUUUCUCCCAACUCUCACAAUGCCAAAUGACGAAAUGAUGGUUCUACUCAGUCCAGGCCGUGGAAGACCUUCAGUUGUACUAAAUGCCCCACCAAUAGACGAAACAGUGGCUCCUGUGUCUUUAAAAGAGUUUGCUCUUGAGAAUUUCAGGCCUGCAACUAAAGAAACGGGUCGACAUGGUGCGUCCAAAGGAGUCAGCAGAGAAAAGCUGUGGGCUUGUACCAAGGAACCUCUCAAACAGCCGCUGCUUGAGAGCCUGGUUCGCAACUCUGACCUCAGCUAUCUGGCCUGCAACGCUUUUAUUGCGAUCCUGAAGUACAUGGGCGACUACCCCAUCAAGCAGAUGCGCAGCACAGUGGAGCUGACGGACCAGAUCUUUGGUCCAGCCACCCAGCACGAAGCUCUGCAGGAUGAGAUCUACUGCCAGAUUAUGAGACAAAUGACCAGCAAUAACAACAGGUUGAGUGUGGAUCGCGGGUGGCAUCUGAUGUGGUUAUGUACUGGCUUGUUUCCACCCAGUCAUAACUUGAUGAAACACACUCAGCGAUGGCUAGAAUCGCGGCCCAGAGACCUGCUGGCUAGUGGGUGUCUGCAGAGAAUGCAGAAGAUGCGCAGCAUUGAGCCCAGGAAACUUCCUCCUCAUUUUGUUGAAGUCGAGGCCGUCCAGCAGAACAGCACCCAGAUCUUCCAAAAAGUCCACUUCCCAGAUGAUACUAUUAAUAUCUUCGAGGUGACAUCCACCACCACAAUCAGAGACCUUUGCUAUAGCAUUGCGUCUGAGCUCAGACUGACCUCUGCCGACGGCUACGGCCUCUACCUGAAAACACCAACCAAGGUCACAAGCAUGGAAGAGGAGGAAUAUUUCUUUGACAGUUUAAGGCGAAAUUCAGACUUGCCCAAAAAAGGGAAAAAAAGUAAAAUUAAAGAAGUAAAUCCGGCCAACAUACCCUACCUGGUGAUCUGUAAGAGGAAGCUCUGGUUCAAUGUGAGCCCAGAAAAAGACGAGGUUGCAGACCUCACCUUCCAUUUCCCACAGGAGUUCUCCAAGUACCUGCGGGGAUACCACAAUUGCACCAGAGAGGACAUGUUCAAUCUGGGCGGGCUGCUGUUCAGAGUCAAAGUCGACUCAGACAGGACACAGUUCGUCAUGAUCCCCAAAAUGCUGAAAGAGCUGGUUCCUGCAGACCAGUUAAAAUCCAUGUCUUCCGAUGAAUGGAAGAAGAACAUCAUCGCUGCGUACAGCCGGCAGAGUGGCAUCACCGUGCAAGAGGCCAAAAUUGCCUUCUUGAAAAGCAUUUCGAGUUGGCCAACAUUUGGAUGCGCCUUCUUUGAAGUUAAACAAACAUGUGAGCCCAGCUACCCGAAUAGAGUUUUGAUUGCCAUCAGCAAACAAGGUCUGAGCUUAAUAGAUCCCACGACAAAGGAGGUGCUGGUCAUGCAUCCGUUCAGCCGCAUCACCGAGUACUACAGCAGAGGCAACACCUUUCAAAUGUCUAUCGGCACCCUGGUGAGAGGGAACAACUUCAUUUGUGAAACCUCACAGGCUCACACAAUGGAAGAUCUUCUGAAAUCGUAUGUAGCCAUGUAUGAAAUCCAAAGGCGGGCAUUUAACCCAAGAAAUCUCAGGUUUUCCUGAGUCCUCAGGGGCAACAAGAAUACAGACUGAAUUUGUGUGACUGAUGUGCUGAUGAUCAAUAUCUUUAAAUGAAUCCACGUGGAUGCUUUAAAUGACUGCUCUCCUAAACAUGAUAGGGAUAUUCAACCUUCACACUGUCUUUAUUGUCUUAAUUAUACUAUUCUUAACUUUUGCUACAGUGACAAAGGUUGUGUAUCUAAUAUUCAUUUACAUUUAUGUAUUUAGUGCUAUUAAACUUUAAUAUUACCAACCUUGA